UCUCUCUCUCUCUCUCUCUGAAGACAUCAGCUAUACUUUUUUUUUUUUUUUUAUACUUUUUCUCCAUCUAUCUGAGUUCAUGGAUACUGAUAAAUGGCCGCAGGAUAGUAGUUCUGAACUGGUGAAGCCCAUGGAACAGAUAGGUGGCAAUAGUAAUCCAUGUUCUAGGCCUCUGUUAGAGAGAAGGGCAAGGCCUCAGAAGGAGGAAGCUUUGAACUGUCCAAGGUGCAAUUCAACCAACACCAAGUUCUGCUACUACAACAACUACAGUCUCACCCAACCAAGGUACUUCUGUAAGACUUGCAGGAGGUACUGGACUGAAGGUGGCUCUCUAAGAAAUGUUCCUGUUGGAGGGGGCUCUAGAAAGAACAAGAGAUCCACUUUAUCAUCACCAUCAUCAUCAACAUUGACAACAUCGUCAUCAUCGUCACCGGCCUCGUGCGUAAAAAUCCCCGAUCUGAACCCACCAAGCAUCUCGCAUUUUUCAUCUCCUCAUCAAAACCCUAGGAUCCAUGAAUGCCAAGAUCUUAACCUCACCUUUCCAGCCACAGUGCCUAAUUAUCUUGGUUUGUCCCAAUUUGUCCAUGCACCCAAAAUUGAAAGCAGCAGCAUCAAUCAGCAUAACCCUUCUAGUGCUACUACUACUACUUCCACUUCAUCUGCCCUUCCAGCCCUGGAGCUGCUUAGGAGUACCACUGGAAUUGCCCCUAGAGGGUUGAACUCUUUCGUCCCACUGCCGAUGACGGAUUCAAGUUCGAGUAAUUCGUUAUACCCAUCGGGAUUUUCAUUUCAAGAAUACAAACCAACCCUUAAUUUUUCAGUUGAUGGACUUGGUAAUAGGUUCGGGAGCACUUCAGGCCUUCAAGGGAUUCAAGAACAUGGUGGAAGGCUUAUGUUUCCAUUUGGAGAAAUGAAGCAACUUUCAAGCACCACAGCUAGUGAAGUUGAUCAGAAUAAGGGGCAGGGAGGGAGUUCAUCAACUGGGUGUUGGAAUGGUAUGUUGGGUGGAGGAUCAUGGUAAAGAAAGAAGACAAGCAUUGCCAAGGAGUAUCUUUUUCACUUGUUUUUUUUUUUUCCCCUUUCUUUUGCUUUUUCACAUGGUUAAAUAUAUGAAUGGAUGAAUUCCCAGAACUAACAUAUAAGAUACAUUUGCUUAAUUUGUUUGCUUUUUU